GAAAGGAAUAAUUCAUACUAGACAUAGCAAUAUCCCUCAUCAGAUUAAAAGUAGAUGCUUGGUUUUCUACCUUUAUCUAUACUGUUUCCUACGGUAAUCAAGGACACCAUCCCUGUAAUAUUCUUCACAAUUUGAAAGAUCAAUCCAAGGAAAGAAAAUGCAGACAUGCAAGACCCUCCAUUUUCUCAAACCUCUCCUUCUCAUAGCCAAUUUAUUGUUCACUACUUCCAUAGCUAGAGAUUGUCCUACAAGCUUUUGUGGCAAAAUCCGAAUUCAAGCACCCUUUUUGAAUUCAAAUUCAACUAAUCAGUCAUCUUUAUUACACCAAAUGAUCCAAUGCAAAUCUCACAAGCUAUACUUUAGAACCUCUCUUGGUCUUUUUCCAGUCUCUUCCAUCAAUUACACCACAAAAUUCCUCACCAUCUCUCACCCUCCAUGUUCUUCUUCAGUUCACUAUAUCUCUCCUUUACUUCUCUCAGCUGGUUUUCCUUCUCCUCCACUGCCCAACUCACUUCUUCUCUUCAACUGCUCAAACAAAAGACACCCCAUGCCACACUUUAUUCAAAACUGCAGUAGCUUCCAUGCAUGUGGAGCUUCUUGUAAAGUUCUAUCACAAGAACAACCACAAGUUCCUCGUUCAUGUUUACUUCUUGAUGAUCUUGAAAAGCUUGACAUAGGUUUUGAUCCAAAAGAUUUAAAUUGCUCACAUUACAGUCAGUUACAUAGAUCUUUGGCAGGUGACACUGACAACUAUGAAAAAUAUAAGUUGGGGACAAGGAUUUCCUAUGACAUUCCUGAUCAUGUACCAAAUCUCUGUAAUGAGUGUGAGAAGCCUAAUGGCAAUUGUGGAGUUGGAUUGAGAUGCAUAUGCCACCCAAAAGAGUGUAAAGAUAAGGUCAUCUCUAUGGGCAGAACAGUGGACCCCUUUGGUAAUGUCAUCUUCUCUUUGAUUUCUUUGAUCCUUGUGAUCGUUUCCUUCUUUGUUAUAUAAAGGAAGUAAUACACAAUUUGAAUAUUCAAAGUCAUGGCAAAAGCCUAUUAUCUUU